GCCGAGCGACAUCCCGCGGUUUUCCUGAGUGUCCAGGCCUGGGUAAAGCGUCAGUCAGGCGGCCAAGUGUGUCUCCUCUCGACGCCUCUGUGACGCUGGAAGUGCACCGCGAUCUAGUGGCUGACAUCCAGCAUGACAGGGGUGUGCGGUUGUUGCGGGGCUCUAAGGCCUCGCUACAAGAGGCUGGUGGACAACAUCUUCCCCGAAGACCCUGAGGAUGGACUGGUGAAGGCCAACAUGGAGAAGCUGACAUUUUACGCCCUGUCUGCUCCAGAGAAACUGGACCGUAUCGGAGCGUACCUGUCUGAGCGCUUGUCGAGGGACGUGGCCCGGCACAGAUACGGUUACGUGUGCAUCGCAAUGGAAGCGCUGGACCAGCUGCUGAUGGCCUGCCACUGCCAGAGCAUCAACCUGUUUGUGGAGAGCUUCCUCAAGAUGGUCCGCAAGCUGCUGGAGUCCGACAAACCCAGUCUGCAGAUCCUGGGAACCAACUCGUUCGUGAAAUUUGCCAACAUAGAGGAGGACACGCCCUCCUACCAUCGCAGUUACGACUUCUUCGUGUCCCGCUUCAGCGAGAUGUGCCACUCCAGUUACGAGGACCCCGACAUCCGAACCAAGAUCCGAAUGGCGGGCAUCAAGGGCCUUCAGGGCGUUGUGAGGAAGACCGUGAACGAUGAGCUUCAAGCCAACAUCUGGGACCCUCAGCACAUGGACAAGAUCGUCCCGUCGCUGCUCUUCAACCUGCAGAGUAGCGAGCGCACAGAGAGCCGGUCCCCCUCCCCGCUGCAGGCGUCAGACAAGGAGAAAGAGAGCCCGGUGGAGCUGACGGAGCGCUGCUUCAGGGAGCUGCUGGGCCGAGCCGCCUACGGAAACAUUAAGAAUGCUGUCACUCCUGUGCUCAUGCACCUCGACAAUCACUCUCUCUGGCAGGGAAAGACCUUUGCUGUGCGUUGCUUUAAAAUCAUCAUGUACUCCAUUCAGUCACAGCACUCCCACUUGGUCAUCCAGCAACUUCUCGGUCAUCUGGACGCCAACAGCAAGAAUUCGGCCACCAUUCGAGCUGGGAUAGUUGAGGUUUUGCUGGAGGCCGCCGCCAUCGCAGCCAGCGGCUCAGUCGGGCCCACCGUGCUGGAAGUCUUCAACACCCUGCUGCGACAGCUCCGUCUGAGCGUGGACUACGAGCUGACCGGUUCCUACGAUGGCAACACCAACAUCGGCACCAAGAUCAUCAAAGCUCACGAGGAGAGGCAACUGCAGGAGGCUGUCAUCAGAACCAUCGGUUCCUUUGCCAACACUUUACCGACCUACCAGAGAUCUGAAGUCAUGCUCUUCAUCAUGGGCAAGAUCCCCGUACCUGGUGUUCACCCGCUGCUACCAUCUUCAGGCUCUGUGCCUGAAGGUACAAGGAUGAUUCAGGUGAUGUUACUAAAGUCCUUGGUCCAGGUGACUGCUGGUUUCCAGACCACCAACAUGCUUACAGCUCUGCCAAGCUCCUUCCUGGAGCCUCUGCUCUCGUUCUCCCUCACCGAAGACCCCGAGGUCCGGCUCCUGGUGCUCCAAAUCCUCCUCAGUCUCAUCGACAGGCAUGACAACCGGCUCAAAUUCUCCAACAUAAGCAUUAUCACGGACAUCUCCGUGCUCAAGAUUAAAGUGGACAAGUGCUCCAGACAGGACAACUUGUUUAUGAAAAAGCACGGCCAGCAGCUCUAUCGACACAUCUACCUGGGCUGCAAAGAGCAGAGUAGCGGCCGGCGGCACUACGAGAGUCUCUUCGCUCUGCUCGGCCUUCUCAGCGUCGAGCUCGCCAACGAAGAAGUGGUCGUUGACCUCAUUCGUCUGGCGCUCGCUCUGCAGGACCUGGCUGUGUCCACCGAUGAGGCGCUUCCCGUUUUCAACCGUUGUGCGGUGCACGCGCUCGCCGCCGCCUACCUCAAUCUUAUCUGCCAGCUCACCACUGUCCCGGCCUUCUGCCAGCACAUACACGAGGUGAUCGAAGUGAGGCAGAAAGAAAGCCCUUACCUGUUGCCCGAGGAUGUCUUUAUUGACGUGCCCCGACUCCCCUCGUCGCUCGACAAGGUGGAAGGCGACGUGCUGUUCCUCCAGUCCAAGAUCACGGAAGUUCUCGGGGGCAGCGGUUACAACACCGAGCGACUGGCGACCCCCUACGUCCCUCAGUAUACGGAUGAGGACCGCCUGUCAAAGAGGAAGAGCAUCGGGGAGACAAUCUCGCUUCAAGUUGAAGUGGAGUCCCGAAACAGUCCAGAAAAAGAGGAGCGGACUCCAGCUGAGGAAAUCACCUUUGAAACCUUGAAGAACGCCAUCGUGGACAGCGUGGGCAUGGAGGAGCAGGAGCGGGAGCGGAGGAGGCAAGUGGUGGAAAAGUUCCAGAAAGCUCCGUUUGAGGAAAUCGCUGCCCACUGCGGCGCUCGGGCCACGCUGCUGCAGAGCAAACUCAACCAGAUCUUUGAGAUCACGAUCAGGCCGCCGCCGAGCCCGUCCGGGACCGUAUCGUCCGGCUACGGCCAGAACCAGACUCGCUCGGUCCCCAUCUACGAGAUGAAGUUUCCUGACCUUUGCGUGUACUGAGACGCCGCAGUUCCCGAACUCUUCGUUGACCCUUUUGGGGAAACCGCAGCAGCUGGAGAUGUUGGGGGUUUUUUUUUUGGGGGGGGGGGCGAAGGGUCGAAAAAAAAACAUGCGGCUGCUGCAAAAACAAGCCACUUUCUUCCUCUAGCUCGCCGUGUAGGAAUGUGUUGGACAAUCCUUUUCGUCUUCUGCACUGAUUUUGUUAGCCCUUUUUUUUUUUUUUUUUUUUUUUCUUAGAUUGAGCCAAAAGUGCUUUCGAUCAUCCCACGCGGCCAUUGUUUUACCCUUAUUUAUUAUUCUCCCAAUACUUUUUAAUAACAAGUCUCCCCGAAGCUCGACAAAAGGAAGGCUGACGUCGUAUAAAUGUGUACAUACAGAGAACUCUAUAAAUCUUUAAGCUCCUGUACAGCCAAGGAGUACGCGCGUGGAGGUAUGUGUAUAUACAGUAAUGUAUGAGCUCCAAUUUUAACUGUUGUUCGUGACCAUCUCGUCUUUAGCUGGUACAAUAUUUUUUGUCAGCGCCAAAUUAAAAUACGUAGCUGGUGCCCUUGUAAAUCCUGAAAAAUCUGAAAUGUUCCCGUUCUGUCCCCGCUCCGGUUUUCUCGGAGUGGAGAUUUGUGGUGUUGCCAUAGCGCUCUGACUCACGAUGCGUGGGCUGACGCCUCCGUGCUGUGGCAUCUUUCCUUCUCUAAGCCAUCUCCAGUAUGUGUGUGUGUAAUAAACGAGUCGCAGGUAGUGUAACGCGUGAAACAUCAAACCGCUCAUGAAGUCCAUAACUGUUCAUGUUUUUUGGAUCGUGGACGCAAAACCAAGGGCAAAUGAAUCAGCUUGUGGUGAGCGCAUAAAAAGCACCACAAAAGAAGAAAAACGUUCUAACAGCAAACGAAACCCUUGCCUGGCCGUCACCUGUUGGUAGCAGUUCUUGUAUCUGUUUGGAUUGUGGCGGUGGAAGGCAGUGAAAGGUUCGAGUCCAUCUUUACUGUUUUAAAGCCAAUGGAGCAUUUUCGUCACGGGCCAGAUUGUAGUUAUGGUUUCCCUCAGAGGGUUGUUAUGACUGUGAAGACAUGAAAUUGUUUAAUUGCCUCGUCAUAUUUACACAUGAAAUUUAGGAACUAGUUUUGGAAUCAAAUCAGGAGUAACAAACAUGCUUGCAAUAUCUCAAUCUUAUCAUUAUGCUCCCACAAUUUGAAAUUUUAGAACAGAUUUUAAGAAUGAUGGAAGUUGUUACACGUGAUUUGCCUUCGGGGGACGCACAAAAUCAUGUGGCGGUCCUGAUCUGGCCCUCGGGCCUUGAGUUUGACGCCUGUUCAAUAGCGCACGGGGAAUAGGCGACUGGGAUGAGUAACUUGCCCAAAGCAAGCAACGCCUGAACCCACAGUCCGAGUCGUGGUGGUGGUGCAACAGAGUGGAAGGUUUUGGUCCGGCCAAGUCAACGUCGCCAGACUUCAACCCCAGAGAGUAUGCGUUUUACCCGGUUAAAAAAACAAAGCUACAGUCAAGUGUGAAACCAUCCCAAAACAACCGACUACCGAAAGAGGCUACAGCAGAAGUCUCAGCAAAGUGAGAAUGGCCAAGUUUGUCGAAAAGGGAAAAGCCUGUGGGCCGACGCCUGUCGGUAGCAGCCGUGUGCUCUGUGCUCUGCGCUCUGCGCGUGGAUAAACGGUUUCCAUUGUCGUGGUGCUGUCGGCGUUCAUCUGUUAUCUGCCGCUCGACGCCGUUUUCCUGGUCGGCCGUCAAACGGACAUCCUCACAUGUUUGUGCGGUUACGUUCCUCUACUCUGUCUGUCGUCUCUUUUUUUUUUAUUGUUUGCGCUUGGCAGUCGUGUCCAGCGACUCUUCGGCGGUCCAAGUCGUCUACGAAGCUUCCCGAGGGGGAUGCGAUGGUGUCAUUCCUCCGCGUAGUUACGGAUAGCCUUGCUCGCGCGGGUCCAAAAUUCACUCGGUCAACUUUGCACUUUAAAAUCCGGGGGAGACCCGAGACGGACGUUUUUGGGGACGUGAGUGGACGGAAAGCCUUGGCGCUCGCUGGUUCCGAACCGACGUUGCAUGCUCCUACUAUGUGUUAGUGCUCCAAUAAAAGUUGACAGUCGACCACAAUCAUUUUGGUUGCAUUCUCGUCUUUUUCCAGUCCCACUCGGCACCGCGACGUGAAGGGGAAUUUAUUUGAAUGUACUGAGCAAAAAGGAAAUGGCAGGUUUUUG